CCGGCCCCGCUCGGCGCCUGCGCGUUGGAGGCGGUGGCGGCUCCGCCAUGGCGCUGGAGACGGUUCCCAAGGACCUGCGGCACCUCCGCGCCUGUCUGCUCUGCUCCCUCGUCAAGACCAUCGACCAGUUUGAGUACGACGGCUGCGAUAACUGCGACGCGUACCUGCAGAUGAAGGGCAACCGCGAGAUGGUGUACGACUGCACCAGCUCCUCCUUCGACGGCAUCAUCGCCAUGAUGAGCCCCGAGGACAGCUGGGUCUCCAAGUGGCAGCGAAUCAGUAACUUCAAGCCGGGUGUCUACGCGGUGUCAGUGACCGGCCGCCUGCCCCAAGGGAUCGUCCGGGAGCUGAAGAGCCGUGGCGUGGCUUACAAAUCCCGAGACACGGCCAUAAAGACCUGAGGGGGGCCCGUGGUGCUGCCCAGAGGAUCCCCGGCGUGUGGGCACAGGGGCAGCGGGCACAGGGGGCACUGCCCCUGGGCCUUUUAGCUUUAGCACGUGGGAGAGUGAGCCUGGACUCAGGGGGAGCUGUGCUGGCUCAGCUCCUCUCGCUCAGUACCUCUGGACUCUGCUGUGGGCCCACACACACCACAGAUGAUUUUCUCUUCUCAGCCUGGACGUGGGGGAGGGUGUGGGUGGGUCUGGGGGAGCCCUGUGUGAUGGAGGGGCACAGGCUUUUUGGCCAGUUGGUGUGGGAAAGGGCAGAGCUGUGUCAGCAUUUCAAUAAAACCCGCUGCCUGGUCA